GAUACAAGGAUGAAACUUCUAGCCAGUCUUCUCCAGGCCAUGAAAACUAUAAUACCAAAGUGUUCCCAAAAUACUAAGAAGGAUUAUAUAUAUACAAUGUAGAAUUGAAACAUUUGUGUAUUUUUCUUUAAGUCUUUGGUAAUUUCAUGAUUUAGUGCAUAGACAGUAGUUUCAUUUGUAGUUUCUAACUAGAUUCGCGGGUACUGUUGGGCAGGUGGGAGGUGUCAAGUCUUUGUUUUCUGCCCAAUAACCUAGGACUGACUGAUUGCAAUGAAGUUUGGUAUAUAAGUAGAUUGCAUUGGGGAGUUCGGGAUUGCAUAUUAGGUCACUAGGUCAAGGUCAUGAUCAGAGUUUGGGAUUGCAUAUUAGGUCCCUAGUAAAGGUCAAGGUCACUGUUACUUAGAUCAGGAAAAUGGUUUAAUUUCAAUAACUUUGGAUUUAUGUAUUGAAAUCAAACUUCAGUUAUAGGUAACUAUAAGAAAAACCAAGGUUGGGAUUGUGUAUGAGGUCAUUGGGUUCAAGGUCAGUGUAACUUUAUUUUACUGCAGACUUAAUAAAUUCCUCCGUGGUACAGUGGGCUUAAGGGUUGAUCUUUUGUAAUGUUGAGCGGAUGGAUUGUGGAUCAUCAGAAAGCUGGUUUUGGUUUAUAACUUCAGUUUUGACUUGCUGUCAUCAAACAUGGCAAGCUUUUACAUGAAGAACUGGCUUUUGAUUGUAUUUGGGGUUACUGUUACUAAAAAUUGAAAAAUGGUUUCCACUCAGUAUCUUUAGUUUGGGUAUAUAUAUUUUCAGCAAACCUAAAUUCAGAGUGCAAGAUCGUAACUGUAAUAUUUAUUUUACAAUUAUUGGCCAAUUUGAAGAUCACUGUGAUAUUUGGAUUGAAAAUAGUUCCUUAGCAAUAAUUUGGGAAGGCUAAUUGUGAUUGUCAAAUGUGAGAAGCAGAUAUUUGCAUCCUUGUCAAAUAUAAUCUAGUUCAGCAAGAUUGUUUUUGUGUUACAUUACCACAACAGUAUACAUUUUUUCAGCUUUUAAUUUAUAAAAAUUGGAGCAAAGUAAAAUCUUUAUUUGCUUGAAACUAGGCAAAUUGCCAAUAUCUAACGUAUGUCAUUCAGCAUGCACCACAGGAAGAUAUUUCACUAGUGAAAAGCGUAAAAUAACAUGGUGAAAAAUAAAAACUGUGAUGAUGACAAGUUAAAACAACAAUGAUGAAAAUGUGAGAUGAUAACAUUGUAUCGUUCUGAUUUUUAACUAUAAUGAUUUAGAUAUUUCAUUAUCAUCGUAUGCAUAUUUUGACUUUUUAACAAUGUAUCAUCCUUGCAGUGUUUCAAGAUUUUAUAUGUGGCAAUGUCCCUGUCUGGAUGCCGUACAUAUUCCAUCUACCCUUUCAAAAAAGAUCCUGCCUGCUCAGAAAUGUCACAUUCAAACAUAUACAUAGAGCAGUUAGAUAUUUUUUGUUAGAGCUUUUGUUGGCAGAUUAGAUGGGCAAUUUUGAGUAUCUUUUGUCAUGUUUAAUUUUCAGGUGUUACUUUGUGAAGGCUGUAACAAAGCUUCCGCGUUAAUCAGAACCAUUAGUGAGAAUUGCAUGGUACUGAGCAAGCAGAUGCACUGUUGGCUAGACAGGACGUGGUUGACUAAUGAAAUGACGCAGGAGGAAAGGUUUUUGCUCAUGCUGCCAUGUUUAAGCUCAUUCAGCUCACAACUGUUGCUGCAAAGAGUUCCCAUAAAGAAGAUAUUCUUGUCGUCUUUGGUUGAUCUUUCCAAAGAAGUUCCUGAUAUAUCGGUAUCAGUGUUGCAGAAUCUGGAGAAACUAAUGAGUAGCAGUACGGGAUUGCAACUUGGAGAAGUUUCAACAGACGAAAGCAAUGGUGACUGUUAUGAUGAAGAUCCAGCCAGCGAAGAUAUUGUUAACGACGUUAAGAUAACUGUAAAGGAAGUUAAAGAACUUUCAUGUCAGCAAUGUCAAGGAGAAAGAAAGGUCAAGGUUACUAGAGACAUUUAUGUACCAGAAGACUUUCAGAAAGUCGAGGAAAACGUUCAACGUGAAAUUGGUAUGGGUAUGCAUGCACAAAUUCUUACAGAAGCUAUGUCAGUUUCGAAAGAGGCGGAUAAGAAGAAUGAGUCCAAAGACCAUAAAAAGAAAACCAAAAUGUGUAAGGAUUACUUAAACGAAAAUCUGAAAAAUCGCCCAGUACCAGUGGAAGAAAAUUCAAGAAGGGGUAUAAAAAGUAUCAAUGUUUCAACAGAUAAAUGCGGAACAAAAGAAAAUAUAUCAAACAAAUCUGGCCCUGUACGGACUAACAAUUUUGAAGAAUGGGAACAUCUGAAUAACUUCAUUUCAAGUAAAAGUGAUUUUGAGAAAGAUAUAGCGAAAGCAUGCAAGGAUUAUAUAAAUGACUGUCAUGAAAGCACAAGCAGCAUGUACAAUGACAGGUAUAUAAAUCCAGUUGGAAAACUUCAGAAAAUGAGACAACGUGAUUUGUUGAAAUGUUCAAGACCAGAAAACGGCAGCAGUGGUAAACAUUCCGAUGCAUUUAGAAAAAAUGAACAUGAAAGCCAAUAUUUUACCAAAUGCAAUACUACUGGUUACAUGAAUUCAGCGCAGAAUAAUGUUAAUAAAGAGUCGGUAACAGUAAGUCAGUUACCAUAUUUAACAAAUAAUACCAAACAGAUGCUUAUGGAACAUCAGGGAAAGCGUCAUUGUAAUACAAAUCGAGAAAUGCUUGUAUUCGAAAUGAGCCACGAUCAUGCAUCAUUGUCAGAUACCCAACAAAAUGCAAAUUCAGAAGAUAAAAUGUAUCAACGUCACCCCCAGCAAUUUCUGAAUCAGACUGAAAUACGUAAAGAGACUUUUGAUUAUAAUCAUGGAUUACCGGUCAACUCACGUCAAUUAUUAAUCAGUGAUGGAACCGUAUUUGAAAAUCCAUCUGUGGCUGAUGUUUCUGUGAGAACACAUUACAAUAACAAUUCUAAUCAGAUCCAUAGAAAUACUGUACAGAAUCAAUUUGGUUUUGCAACAGGGUGUAGAGUACCAAAGAGCAGAAGUGACCUUGAGAAAGAAUUUCCACCGUCUGAAGAGAUUGAUAGGUCUAUUUCCUUUGAAAAGGGACCAAAUUAUAUUGCAGAUACAUGUAAUUUUAUCUUAGAAAGAUCAGACAAAGAGUCUAGAACAUACAGUGUUCCAUUGCCAAACUCAAAAAAUGACAAUUGUCGAUCGAGAGGAAGCAUUCAUGUGAACGAUGACUUUGAAUCUGUAAACCAGAGAGGAGACAAUAAUUUUCCAACAUUUACAGAAAACAGACGUGAACAAGAUGGUAGUGAACGUUUGCAAAAUGACAUCCCGGUAUUAACUUUUGAUGACUCUCAGAAAAUUCAGUUUGAUUUCAAACCAAAAAUGGUGGAUAACUUCAUUAACAGUGUUGAAACGAAACCGGAUAGAAUCGAUGGAAAUGAUAGACAUGACUUGUAUUUAAAUCCUAAGUUAGAGAGGAUUACACAGAGACAACAUGUCGUGGAAGAACCAGAUGAGAUGAAUGAUACAAGUAAUAAUAUGUCGCUUGCCGACGACCUAAGAGAAACGACAAGGAAAUUGCUUGCAAAUUCUCGACAGUUUUCACGGUUUGAUGCACAUUCAAAACGACAUCCUCUGCAGAAAGUAAGCAUAGGUUUGGCACAGCCACGCUUAAGAAAUAGUGCAAAUGUAACCGAAGAGGAUGACCGAAGGAUGAUGGCACAAUCGCUAUGGGGAACAAACGACUCGCCACCAAUGGAUCUAGAAUAUGACAACUCGCAGUUAAAUAGAAUUCUUCAAAACCGACAGGACACAUCGAACCGGGCAAUUUACACGAAUCAAACACCUCGGAAGAAGAGAAAAUUGACUUACCAAAGUGUUCCUGGCAAAGGACAAACAAAACUUGUGUUCAAGUAACUCAAGUUUUGUAACACUAGGCAAACAGGCGAUUUUACUGCACAUUAAAUGAGUUUUUAAUUGACUAUAUAUAUUAUAUUUUAAAAUGAUGUACACAAAUCGUUUCAAUCCUGUUGAAUGCGAUUUUUGUUGAAUUUAUGGAUCCGACUAAAAGUGUGCAAAUAUAAGUGCGUUCAAAAUUUGGCAUAUUGUUUUGUUUAACAAAGACAUGCUUGCCUUCUUGUACCUUGAAAAUAUUGCUUUGGUUAAGUCUGGUUUAUAUAAAUUCUGCUUCCUUUUGUAUAAUUUGGAAAAAAUAAGGUGCAACUAAUUUUAUGCUAAUUGAUGUGUCUUUAACAUUUAUAUACAUGAAAACAUAGAUGAAAUUUUCAAUCUAGAGGUUAACGUCAAUGGAAUCUGGAGUAAACAAUGAAAUACACUUCUAUGAUUUUUUAGAAAUCUAGAUUAUAUCAGAUUUAGCUAACAGCAUAAAAAUUUCUAGUAUUUGAUAUGCUUACAGCAUGCGUUCUUGAAGAGCUAUUACGGAAAUUGCCUGCUAUUUUUGCAUGCAUCAUAAGCCACAGAGAUAUACACACACUAGUGUUACCUGUGUCACUUGUGCUAAAAGUUGAAAAUUCAGAACUGUUCUUGAUGUCAAAAUAACACAAUAUCACAUCCGUUUAAGUUAGUAUAUAAAUUGGCACUUAUUUAAUUAAGAGAAUAGUUAUCACUUCAGAUGGUCAGUUUAUAGCCUUUUGAUAUUGAUGUAGUAAGUUUAUGAAAGAUUUAGUGAUAAUUAAGGUUGUUUUUCUAUUUUAAGCGUCAAAGUUUUUAGCUCACCGAGCUGUUGUGACCGGUCAUUGUCCAGCGUCCGGCAACAUUUGCCUUGUGGACACUCUAGAGGCCACAGUUGUGACCCAAUCUUUAUGAAACUUGGUCAGAAUGUUAGUCUUGAUGAUCUCUAGGUCAAGUUCGAAACUGGGUCAUGUGGGGUCAAAAACUAGGUCACUAGGCCUGAUCAAAGGAAAAUCUUGUGAACACACUAGAGGCCACAGUUAUGACCCAAUCUUUAUGAAACUUGGUCAGAAUGUUUGUCUUCAUGAUCUCUGGGUAAAUUUCGAAACUGGGUCAUGUGGGGUCAAAAACUAAGUCACUAGGCCAGAUCACAGGAAAAUCCUUAGAACACUCUAGAGGCCACAUUUGUGAUCCAGUCUUUAUGAAACUUGGUCAGAAUCUUUGUCUUGAUGAUCUCUAGAUUAGCUAAGAAACCGGGUUAUGUGGGUUCAAAAACUAGGUCAUUAGGCUAGAUCAAAGGAAAAGCUUGUGAACACUCUAGAGGCCACAGUUUUGACCCAAUCUUUAUAAAACUUGGUCAGAAUGUUUGUCCUGAUGAUCUCUAGGUCAGGUUAGAAACUGGGUCAUGUUGGAUCAAAAACUAGGUCACUAGGCCAGAUCACAGGAAAAGAUUGUGAACAUACUAGAGGCUACAGUUUUGACCCAAUCUUUAUGAAACUUGGUCAGACUGUUUGCCUUGAUGAUCUCUAGGUCAGGUUUGAAUCUUGGUCUUGUGGGUUCAAAAACUAGGUCAUAUGGUUAGAUCAAAGGAAAAGCUUGUGAACAUUCUAGAGGCAUUAGUCGUGACUCAAUCUUUAUGAAACUGACUCAGAAUGUUUGUCUUGAUGAUUUCUAGGUCAAGUUUGAAGCUGGGUCAUGUAGGGUCAAAAACUAGAUCACUAGGCCAUGCCAAAGGAAAACCUUGUUAACACUCUACAGACAACAAUUUAAGUUUGAAACUCCUGCAAAUUAGUCGGAACGUUUGUCUUGAUGAUCUAUAGUUCAAGUUUAAAUGUGUCUUGUGGGAUAAAAAAAAACUAGGUCUCCUGUUCAAAUUAAAGGAAAAGCUUGUGAACACUCUAGAGGCCACAGUUGUGACCCAAUCUUUAUGGAACUUGGUCAGUAUGUUUGCCUUGAUGAUCUCUGGGUCAGUUUCGAAACUGGGUCAUGUGGGGUCAAAAACUAGGUCAGUAGGCCAGAUCAACUGUGGUGAGCGGUAUAGGGUCAUCAUGGCCCUCUUGUUAUAGAAAAGAAGUGUUGUCAUCACUUGAUGAGGCCCACUUUCUGUACCCCACGACAACAAAGUUUUAAGGGUUGGGGCGGGUAUACUGGUUUCAGGUUGUCUUGUCUUUUCUGUCCGUCCGUAGAUCAGUCUUGUGCGCACCGACUCUCCUCAUCCCCUUGACACAACUUAAUGAAACUUCAGAAAAGUGAUCAUUAAGAACAGCAGUUGUGCAAUGUGCAUGUUAGGUUCUUUCAGAAAAAAUAAAUUGGCAGAGUUAUGGGACUUUGUUUUUUGUUAAUAUACUACAAACAUAGUCUGCAUAUGCAAUAUUGUGCGCGCCUGAUCUCCUGAACCCAUGUACACAAUUGAAUGAAACUUAACACAAGUGGUCAGUAGUAACCCAAGUUGUGCAUGGUGGAUGUAAGGUUCUUUCACAAAAAAAAAUCUGCGCAGUUAUGGGACUGUGUUUUUUUUUUUGUUUGUAUCUAUACUAUAUACAUACUGUCUGCAUCUGCAAUCUUGUGCGCGCCUAUUCUCCCGAACCCUUGCACAUAAUUUAAUGAAACUUCACACAAGUGAUCAUGUGCAUGGUAUAUGUCACGUUCUUUUAGAUAAAUAUUCUGCAGAGUUAUGGGACUUUGCUUUUAGUUACUAUGCUAUAGACAUAGAGUCUGCACAUGCAACCUUGUGCGAGCCUUAUCACCUGAACCAUUGCACACAGUUUUAUGAAACUUAUCACAAUUGAUCAGUACUAACCUUACUUGUGCAUGGUGCAUGUUAAGUUCUUUCGAAAAGAUAUUCUGCAGAGUUAUGGGACUUUGGUUUUUGUUACUAUACUAUAUACAUACAGUCUAUAUACAUACAGUCCACAUAAUUAUACAAUCUUGUAUGAGUCAAAUUGCAAUAUAGUGUGUCAGUGCAUGCGGGAAUGGGGGUACAUUCAUCACCUUCAGUGAUAGCUCUAGUUUUCUCAAAAACUAUAAAAGCUAUGAUUGUUUUGAAACUGCGUACAUGUUUAUCUAUAAGCAAAGAACCGUAAACCUCUUGCAUUAUAGUUUAUACUAAUUUAUUUUAGCUCGAUUAUAAUGAAGCUUCAAGCUUGUUUGAACAACUUUUGAGUCUGCUUCCUUGAAAAACUAGUACUGGUAUCAUAUGAGAAGUUGUGAUCGUGACCCGGUGGGGCUCCAACCCACGACCCCCGGGUUGAGCGGCCGACACCUUAACCACUAGUCCACUGAUCCCCUUAAACUCAUGUAUUGCCCUUUUUGUACUUAAUAAUUGAAGUUCCUGGUUACAUCACUAUCCUUGAAUACCAUGAAAGCAAUUAAUAAUUGAAGUUCUUGGUUACAACACUAUCCUUGAAUACUAUGAAAGCAAUUUUUCAGAUUUGUUAAUCAUUAUAAGUGAGUAUAUUGGCCAAGAAUCAUAACUCUCAUUUGUAUUUUGUCAGACUUAUUGCCCUUUUUUACUUAGAAAAUCGAUUAAAUUUGUUCAGGUUAAAAUUUGUGUUAGGGUCCUCUUCACUUGUUUACUUUACGAGCGAUACCUUUGAAACUUUGUAGACCUGUUUAGCAUCAUCAGUUGAUUAUACAGACCAUGAACUGUAACUCGUACUUUAUGUAAGAAUUAUGGCCCUUACAAAUUGUUUUUCUUGAUCUUUAUGUUAAGGUUUUCUUGAAUACUGUAGCGUUGAAACUUUAUACAUUGUUUUGUGGUGAAUAGGUGUGUAAGAAUGCGAAGAACCAUAUCUCUUUUCUUGCAGUUACAGAUGAGCGUUUGAACCCACGGGCAUUGCUCUUAUUAAAAUUGAUCUGAUGGGCCAAGAAGUUUCUAGGCAACCAUAUCAUUUGUGUACUUGUUGUUUUUAUUUAUGUAUUCAGAAAAUAAUGCAAAAUUUCAUUGCAAAGAAAAGUUAGCAUUUCUACAUUAAAUAUUAUAAUUGAAAUAUCGAAAAUACUGGUUUCUAAAAAACUGAUUUUACUUGAACUGGAAAGUAUGUCACUGAUAAGACUGGAUUUGUAUCUUUUAUAUAAAAUUGUUAGGAAGGGGUAAAUUAUGAGAAAAUAGUGAUUUGAAAGAUUUUUUUUUUUUGGUAAGUAUUUACAUGUAUUUUCAAAAUACAUGUUUUUAGAAUGCCUGGAACACAUCAUGCCAGAAUGUAGUCCCGUUUCUCAAGAGUUUGACUUUCACUACUUCUAAAUCAGAUGUGUGAAAAUGUUGUUUUUUGAACUUUAAUUAACACAUGUCUGUACAGUUACUGUAUUUUGUUUAAGUCAUAGAAUAAAGAGAAAAACACGUCAUGAA